UGUAACUGAUUAGGCUGCCGUGCUAAUUGGCAGCCUAUCGGAGGGGAAGGCCUUCUGCUCAGCCGCCCACUGGGAAUGUCGAUUGGUUACUCCGACUGACAAGAGUAUGCACGGGCUGAACAUAAGGCAGCACAGCGCUUCAAAGCAGGAGUUGAAGGAGCAGCCACAGACUAUACUUCCCGCUGCAGUUGAACAACGCCGUCUUCAUGUAAAAACCGCAACCGUGGUCUGUAGAAUAAAAGCAAACGCGAGUUAAAUGUGGGUUUCCUUGAGAGGUGCUGGAGGCAUUGCCUAAGUGGCUACAGAGGGUUUUGCACCACUUCUCAUGGGAGAGGGUUUAUUUCCACCACCUGACUGUGAAGAGCAGACAACCUUCUCCCAUGAAAUAAGAUCCAGAGGUCCUUUGUACCAAAGAAGGAGGAAUCUCAUUGGAGAUCUGCAUGGUCAAGGCCAAGAGGAGCAAUGGAAGCCCGGCCGGGACUGGCCUGGGUCUUGCUGCUGAGUUUCAUUGCUGACUGCCUGAAGCUGAUCCAGCCUCGGGACUUCACAGUAAAAGAUAUCAUCUACCUCCAUCCUUCAACAACACCUUAUCCUGGUGGGUUCAAAUGUUUUACAUGUGAAAAUGCAGCAGAUAAUUAUCAGUGCAAUCGCUGGGCUCCAGAUGUCUACUGCCCGAGAGAAACACAGUACUGCUACACAAGGCAUAAAAUGAAUGCAAAGGGCGACAGUUCAUCAGUUACAAAGCGAUGUGUAUCGUUGAAGGAUUGUUUAUCCUUAGGAUGCACGCAGCCUGAUCAUGAAGGAUACAAGAUCUGCACUUCGUGCUGUGAAGGGACAAUCUGUAACCUCCCAUUACCAAGAAACACCUCCCAGGCAGUAUUUGCAACAUUAUCUCCUAUAAAUCAAACAACUCGACAAUCACUUCACUCUGCAGUGACUUUAACAUGCAUUAGCCUUCUCUUGUUGCUUGUUGAAUAGCUGGUGCUAUUUGAUGCUUCCGUGUACAGCGUUAUCUAACAUAGUAUUUAUUUUUGUAUGAUACAUUUAUACAGUGAAAUGUCUUAUAUGCUGUAAAAAAAAAUAAUGGUUAAAGAAAUGGCCAAACUGAUUCCUGUUGAAAAAGUGCAUGUGACUUGAGAAAUCAAAAUCUUGGCGUGCAUGAUGAUGAAAACUGAAUUCAAUAAUCAAUAUUUAUAAUCUGUUUAUUCUUUACUGUGUGUUUAUGCAAGCAUGAACAUGUCAAAGUAGACAGUACCACUCAAAAACCUAGGUUACUGACACAUGAUGAUUAACUCGAUGAGAUCUAAAAUCAUUUAAUUUAAAAAAAUUGAAAAAAAAAACUGAUAUCUGUAAUAAGGAAAUUAAACUACCAUGCUGUCAUAAAACUC